AUGGAUCGAUUCAAGACAGAGCAGAUGGCUGAUUAUUUUGAUUUGUUUAGAGAAUUCGAGACAAAGAAAAGAAACAUUUCACUGGAAUCUGAAGGUAAAAUUACAUUCAGAGUGUCAGCAUCACUGAAGGAGAUCUACCAAGAAGUAGUUGGAAUACCUCUAAAGGAAAACGUUGUCAAUUUAGGACUGAGUAAAAUGGUUACAUUCAUAGGAGACAAACUGAGAAUUGAUGCGUCCAUCGUUAUUAACUUUUUUGAAAUACUCGUGAAUAGCAUGAUCGCACACGUAAAAGAGGUUUUAUCAGAGAAAGAAAUGAAGCAAGUCGACACCAUUGUAUUAGUAGGAGGGUUUGCUGAAAGUGAACUAGUACACGAAGAAAUGAGAAAGAAAAUUCAGAAUAAGCGAAUUAUUUUCCCGGACGAAUCCGGCUUGGUAGUUUUGAAAGGAGCGGUCCAUUUUGGCCAUAUUCCAGAUAUCAUUACAACACGGGUAAUGCCUUUCACAUAUGGGAUAGAUAUUACAAGACCCUUUAAAGAAGAAAAACAUGCACAGUCAAAGAAAACUAAUGUUCAUGGAAAGGACAUGGUCAAGGACUUAUUUGAAGUAAAUGUAAGAGCAGGGGAUGAAAUAAAGUUGGGUCAAGAAUACAGCUCAAGGUUUAAACUCUCAGAAGAUAUUUCAAAAGCCACAUCAGUCAGAGUAUAUAGAUCUACAAACAAAGAGCGAAAGUACGUGACGGACGACGACUGCAAACUCCUUGGGAAAAUCAGGAUAAACAGUUCCGAAGGCAAAAAUCUAAAAGAUAGACACAUCACGGUAACGCUUGUGUUUGGAGAUACUGAGCUGCUUGUGAAAGUGAAGAUCUUUGAAACCGGCAAGGAAUUCACAAAACAUAUUGACUGUCUAUAAACGUGAUCAUAUCAUAUCAAAAUCAUAAUUAUUGUUGACUAUAGUAUAUCGAAUGCAAAUAAUUCUUUACAAGGAUGUUUUCAUUAUAUCCCUUUGUAAUCUUAGUAAAAAGAAAUACAAAAUGAAACAAGUUCAAGAUAUGCAUUUACACAAUAAAUACAAAUACUCCGUA